CUUCUCAUAUUGCUUAGAAAACUUAGUCCAUAAAGCCUAGUUUUCAGUCCAGAGAAAAGAAUGAGUCAUGGACACUAAUGAAAGAUUUGAUACUAUUAGUACAAAUUCAGCUUCGGGUUCUUCGGAUGGAUGUUAUUGCUAGCCAUUGCAGCUUCAAGAGUGUGGAAGAAGAAAAUGGUUUUUGAUCAACCAAAGACUUUGGUGUCUCACCGUCAUUUCUUGCAGGCAUGGGUAAAGAGUUCGAAUAUGCAGUUGGUUUUCUAGCAUCGUUAAAAAGGAUCAAAACCUGUGGCGCCGUAACAAAUUCAUCAAGUAAUUCUAUGAAAAAUCUGAAUAGUAGAUUGCUGAAUCAUAAACUAGCUAGUGCUGACCAGAAUCAACAUUACAUGGAUAGAUUGUUAGAACAAUAUGACAAAGAAUCAGCGAGGACAACAAUGCUUAAGCAAGAAGAGAUCUUCAAAGAACAGGUACAUGAACUUCACCGUCUUUACGUAGUUCAGAAAACGCUUAUGAUCGAGUUUAAAAUGAACAGAUCUAGGGGUCACUCGAAGAAUAGUCCAAGUCCGCGGUCAACAGUAAAUCCAGAUCACCAACCAAGAGUAUGGCCUACAAGGACAGGAUUCGAAACUAACAACUGCCAUUUUACUAACACAAACAAUUCUGGGCAUAAUUUUCAUCAAUUGUUCAGUGUAAGGACUGAACCUAUUAACUCACAAGAACAAAGUAGUACUAGUUGUUCAAGAAAUAAUGUCAAAAUGCACAAGGAUUUCGAUCUUGAAAGUCCUGCGGAAGAAUUUUCAGGAGAUAUCGGUAGAGAUCAAAUAGGUUCAAGUUCUAUUACAUCUUCAAAAGAAAAAUUGAAAGUCGAAAGCUUAAAAGAGCAAGAUUUGUAUACCGAUGGAGAAGCUGAAGUUGAAUUGUCAUUAAGCAUUGGAUUAGGGAAUUCAAAUAAUAAUAAUAAGAAGAAACAAAAGAAUUGUGAAUCAAUUUCACCCAUAUAUUUACACACUAAUCACAAACACAACGGGGAAAUGGAUUCUUCUUUGUCAAUCAGAGAUCUAGGAGCAGAAGACACUACAAGCGGAAGUUCAAAUGCAACAUUCAAUCAGGAAAGUUUACAAAAACCACCUUGGUACUUUCAAACUUUAAGUUUAAACAGAAGUUGAUAAAUAUUUGUGUAUGCCAUAUAUAUGUUCUUCAAAUAUACGUGGAUUACAAAUACAGAGAAGUUUUCUUCAGAAACAUACAUUCUGAUACAGCUUGAACAAUUGCCUGUCGCAUUUUGGGUGGCAAAAAACAGUUGCAGGUCACUGUCACUAUUUCGACAGGGGAACAUGUGUUAUUAUUAUGCAGUGCCAGUGUUAAUUAGUUCAAAUCUAGAUUCUCCACUAACUCAGGUACAUAUUUAGAUUCUCUACUCUUUUGUAAGCUUUGUUUUCUAAUUUCUUGGAGUUAAGAUUCAUGUAACACAAUGCAAAGGAUAUAAAUUUAUGA